AUGCAAAACACCCAAUCGCAAAACACCCAAUCGCAAAACACUCUCGAUAACCUCCUGCCCGAAUUAAAACUAGAGGUCAUCCUCCAUCUCUCAAAUCCCUCGCCACUCGCCAAAUGUUCUCACGAGUGGUACAGCCUUGUCAAUUUGCCGUAUGUAAAAUCGAAAUGGCUCAUCCGUACCUACACGGCGACCCACGCAUUGGUAAAUGCGAUACGGUUGGGUGAGCCAUUUAUAAAUCCCGCGGUCGUCCAAUGCCUGCUCGCACAAAAGGCAAACAUAAGCCGGUACACCGUACAGCUAUUAAAGGCCGGCUUUGAAGAACGGGCCAAUCUUAACGGCCGGCGCCCGUGGGGAAGUCAUCUUACGGAUGACACGUAUUCGUUCAUAAUGGCAGAAGCGUACAAGAGGUACCAAAAUGACGAUGGCCUCCGUGAUAAUGACAUGGAGCGUUUUUAUUUUCUCUCCGGCGGACCUUCUACUAUCCAUGAGGCAAAAAGCAUUAUAAAACAAAACCUUGGCGGGAUUAUGUAUCUAAUCCAAACUUGCAAGUUUGUUCCGUUUCCUUCAAGGUCAACCUCCGACGUGCAACCCUACCCAUCAACGUACGAUGUCGAUCAGACAUGGGAUGGGUUUGAAAGUGGUCCACAGGUGCAUGUAUUAGCACGGGCAGUUCUGUGGUGUCCAAAGUUAAUUGGCGAAUGGGCAAGGAUCGGAUACACAAACAUUGUCAGUGACACCAACGAUCUCGUCGUACAGGGAAUGUUACAAAUUUUGUUUCCGAAAAUCACGAGAGCAAAUUGGGUUCCGCCGACUGCGCUCACGGUUGUAAAAAGGUUGAACGAUUUGAUCUCGCUUGGGUUUGAUGUUUGUAAUGGAGUUUUGGUGGAUGGACUGUUAAUGUUUAGGGAGAAGGUAGUGGAGGUGGGCAGUAUAAUAAUAGAAGCGUUUGCGGCCGUGCGACACCUUACGAUCGACCAGGUGCUUGACAUCUGUUUAGACGAAAUUCUAAACCCAAAAAAGAAAUUACAGGAACAUUAUCUCCUGGAUUUUAUAGUCGAUCGGGUAGACGAUCCCGAAAUCAGAAUAAUUUCCAUAUUUAGGAAAUAUGGUGUCAUUGAUGAUCGUCCAACCUCUGAUUGCCAAAUACCACUUUCACGAACUUUCCUUAAAUACCCGGCACCAAUAUAUAGAUUUAUGGUGAUAAAGUUUGGAACAAAGGCUCAAAUCGUAAGGCAUUUGAUGAAGCAACUCGUUGUCGGUAGGGUGGGAAUUUCGCAGCAUCCGAACUCUACCGCACAUGGCAAAAAAUGGCGGGACUUGGUUAUAAUUUUUAACGAAUAUUACAACAUCAAUGUUCCAUUUAAGCCCGAGGACCUGUCUGUAUUCAAGUCAUGCUAUGAUGAGUUUAUAAUCAAAAGCCUUUUUGAAGGUUACCUCCCCAAACUUUUCGGGUACAAAGGAGGAUACGAUGCACCGAUGACACUCCGAACUGCGGUCUUGAUGCCAGUCACACCCUUGUUGCAAGCAUCAUUAAAACGACGUAAGGGAGCAAAAAAAGCAAAGACGGAACUACAGAAACAAUGGGUGGAUGUUUGCACCCAACAAUCAAAAAAUGAAGAUGUCGUCGACAAUGUCAUUUUUAAAAGAGCAUUACAGAAAUUUCUUCAACUUGCUCAACUUACUUGGGAACCACCAAAACAGAAAAAGAAAGGCAAACGAGCAAGAUUGG